AUGCCUUUAGUUGAUCAUAUUGAAAAUGGCCUGGAUACUAUUCGAAUACUCUUGACUACAGACAAUCAUGUCGGGUGCUUCGAAAAUGAUCCCAUAAGAGGCGAUGACGGGUGGAAGACCUUUGAUGAAAUUACCCGGAUAGCUAAAGAACAGGAUGUGGAUAUGUUGGUACAAGGUGGUGAUCUAUUCCAUAUUAACAAACCUACAAAGAAGUCAAUGUAUCAUGUUAUGAAGUCAUUGAGAACCAAUUGCAUGGGCGACAAAGCGUGUCAAUUGGAGCUAUUGAGUGAUCCAUCAACCACAAUGUUCAAUGGUGUUGACGAAGUGAAUUAUGAAGAUCCCAAUUUGAAUAUAGCCAUACCAGUGUUUGCAAUCAGUGGUAACCAUGAUGAUGCAACUGGAGACGGGUUGCUCCUGGCCCUCGAUGUGUUGGCAGUGUCAGGACUUGUCAACUAUUUUGGUAAAGUUAAGGAUUCUGAAUCGAUAACAGUGAAGCCUAUAUUAUUUGAAAAGGGAGAUACAAAAUUAGCGCUAUAUGGGAUGUCAAACGUAAGAGAUGAGAGGCUACACCGGCUCUUUAGAGAUGGUAAAGUCAAAUUUGAGAGACCGGGGGUUAAUACGGACAAGUGGUUUAAUUUCUUUGCCAUUCAUCAGAAUCAUGCCAUGCACACUUUUAAUUCAUGUAUACCCGAAAAUUUUUUACCCCAUUUCCUUGAUUUUGUACUCUGGGGCCACGAACAUGAGUGCGUGCCAUACCCAGUACAUAAUCCGGAAACGUCUUUCGAUGUUCUACAAGCAGGAUCCUCAAUUGCAACAUCCCUAUCGGAGGGAGAGGUGCCCGACAAAAAAGUGUUUAUCAUAAAUAUAAAGGGAAAUGACUAUUCGUUGGAGCCGAUCGAGUUGAAAGCAGUAAGACCAUUCGUGUUGAAAGAAAUUGAACUUCUGAAGACAGAUUUGGUUCCAGGGGCAGCAUCAAAAGCAGAUGUCAUUGCAUUUUUAUCUAAUGAAGUGGAGAACGCAAUCGAGAUUGCGAACAAAUCAUAUUUGCAGGGUCACUCGGAGUUGACUGCAUCCAACCCUGGGAAACAGGACAACAUCACACCAAAUAUUCCGCUACCAUUGAUUCGACUUAGAGUUGAGUACAGUGGGGGCUUCGAAAUUGAAAACGUUCGAAGAUUUUCUAAUCAGUUUGUCGGGAGGAUUGCCAAUGUGAAUGAUGUUGUUCAAUUUUACAAAAAGAAAUCUCCACAACAGCCAGAGAUUUUAAGAAAGAAAACCAAAUUUAGUGAUGAUAUGGUGGAUGAGAGCUUGGGUGAAAAAACCACCACCGAAUUAGCUCUUCAAGAUAUUGUUAGUGAUUUUUUGAAACAGACUCAAUUGACGCUAAUUCCAGAGGCUGGGUUGAACGAAGCUGUUAAAAAGUACGUGGACAAUGACGACAAAUACAGUCUAAAUCAAUAUAUCAAUUCAGAGAUCAAGAAGGAGACGAAGAUGUUGCUCAGUGUUGACAUAGACGAUCAGGAGUUUCAUGGUAUAGAAGACGAAAAGCACUCGAGAACUGCCUUUAAGCAAAUUCUCUUGCAGUUGAAAGAGGGAACGUUUGCGCAGUUAAAUUUAAAAGCUGAAAAUGCUGGCAAAAGUUCAAAAACAAAAGUUAAAGGUGGAGACAAGCCCCUAGCGAAAAGCAAUGAAAUUGUCUUGGACUCCAGUGAUUCUGAAAAUGAAGUACAUGUCGCUCCCUUGUCGGGGUCAUCACGUGGGCGUUCCGUGUCGCAUCCUGAUACUUACGCUGAGGACGAAAAUGAAAUACUUACGAGUGAGGAGGAAUAUGCGCCCCAACCAGUGAAAGCAAGAGCCACAGGAGGGGGAGGAGGCAGACGUAGAAAAGGAAGGGAUAAGAAAUAG